GAGAUUAUUUAAUCACUGGCGGCAGUCAGCUGUCUUCUCCGAUUCUGGCAGACACCGACAGUCAAACUGGGUCGCAUUGGUCCCUGGGACUAGCGCGGCGCUGCGCAGCUCUGGAUGCGGCUCACGACCAAGUGCUUACGUCACUACUCCUCUCUCUCUUUCUCGCUCAAGUCCUCCAUCUGAGAGGUGCAAGCUGCUUAGGAGCCGCCGCAGAGGCCAAAGUACGGAACCGGGAGCCAUCCGUCACCAUGGUGAACUUUACAGUUGACCAGAUUAGGGCAAUCAUGGACAAAAAGUACAACAUCAGGAACAUGUCUGUGAUUGCCCACGUGGAUCAUGGGAAGUCCACCUUGACAGACUCUUUAGUUUGCAAAGCUGGAAUUAUUGCAUCUGCUAGAGCAGGAGAAACCAGAUUUACAGACACCCGGAAAGAUGAGCAAGAAAGAUGCAUCACAAUCAAAUCAACAGCCAUUUCCCUGUAUUAUGAGCUUUCAGAAAACGAUUUGGCCUUCAUCAAGCAGAGUAAAGAUGGAUCGGGAUUCCUCAUCAACCUGAUUGACUCCCCUGGACAUGUGGAUUUUUCCUCGGAAGUGACUGCCGCCUUGCGAGUUACAGAUGGUGCUCUUGUUGUUGUAGAUUGUGUGUCAGGGGUGUGUGUGCAAACAGAAACUGUACUGAGGCAAGCCAUUGCUGAACGUAUUAAACCAGUUCUGAUGAUGAACAAGAUGGACCGAGCCCUUCUGGAACUUCAAUUGGAACCAGACGAACUUUUCCAGACUUUCCAGCGUAUUGUGGAAAAUGUUAAUGUCAUCAUUUCUACAUAUGGAGAGGGUGAGACUGGACCAAUGGGCAACAUCAUGGUGGACCCAGUUGUCGGGACAGUUGGGUUUGGAUCUGGACUUCAUGGCUGGGCUUUCACUCUGAAGCAGUUUGCUGAGAUGUAUGUUGCUAAGUUUGCAUCAAAAGGAGAGAAGGCACAACUUAACCCAUCUGACAGAGCCAAGAAAGUAGAGGAUAUGAUGAAGAAGCUGUGGGGAGACAAAUACUUCGACCCAGCAGUUGGUAAAUUCAGCAAGACAGCUACAAAUGCAGAAGGCAAGAAGAUGCCUCGUACUUUCUGCCAACUCGUUUUGGAUCCCAUUUUUAAGAUUUUUGAUGCCAUUAUGAACUUUAAGAAGGAGGAGACAGCCAAGCUGAUUGAAAAGUUGGACAUCAAAUUAGAUGCAGAAGACAAGGACAAAGAAGGAAAACCACUACUGAAGGCUGUAAUGCGCCGCUGGCUGCCAGCUGGAGAUGCAUUGCUGCAAAUGAUCACCAUCCAUCUCCCUUCACCUGUUACUGCUCAGAAAUACCGAUGUGAGCUGCUGUAUGAGGGGCCACCUGAUGAUGAAGCUGCAAUGGGUGUGAAGAACUGCGACCCAAAAGCACCGUUGAUGAUGUAUAUCUCAAAAAUGGUACCCACAUCUGACAAAGGGCGCUUUUAUGCCUUUGGUCGAGUUUUUUCUGGUAUUGUUGCCACUGGGCAAAAGGUACGCAUCAUGGGACCAAAUUACACCCCGGGCAAGAAGGAGGAUCUUUAUUUAAAACCAAUCCAGAGAACCAUUCUAAUGAUGGGUCGAUAUGUAGAGCCUAUUGAGGAUGUGCCCUGUGGGAACAUAGUUGGUCUCGUAGGUGUCGACCAAUUCCUGGUGAAGACGGGCACCAUCACUACUUUUGAGCAUGCCCACAACAUGCGGGUGAUGAAGUUCAGCGUCAGCCCUGUGGUGCGAGUUGCAGUGGAAGCAAAGAAUCCUGCAGACCUUCCUAAACUGGUAGAAGGUCUUAAACGACUGGCCAAAUCUGACCCAAUGGUUCAAUGUAUCAUUGAAGAAUCUGGAGAACAUAUUGUAGCUGGGGCUGGAGAACUACACUUAGAGAUCUGCCUUAAGGAUCUUGAAGAAGAUCAUGCCUGUAUACCUCUAAAGAAAUCUGACCCUGUGGUGUCUUAUCGUGAGUCGGUCAGCGACGAGUCUGAUCAGCUCUGCUUAUCUAAAUCUCCCAACAAGCACAAUCGAUUAUACAUGAAGGCAAAGCCGUUUCCAGAUGGACUGGCAGAGGACAUCGAUAGAGGGGAUGUCACGGCCCGGCAAGAGCUGAAGCAGCGUGCUCGCUACCUGGCAGAAAAGUACGAGUGGGAUGUGGCUGAGGCCCGCAAGAUCUGGUGCUUUGGUCCAGAUGGUACAGGUCCUAAUAUCUUGGUCGACAUCACCAAAGGGGUGCAGUACCUGAAUGAAAUCAAGGACAGUGUGAUCGCUGGCUUUCAAUGGGCAACCAAAGAGGGUGCUCUGUGUGAAGAGAACAUGCGCUCUGUCCGCUUCGACAUCCACGAUGUGACAUUACACGCUGAUGCCAUUCACCGCGGCGGAGGUCAGAUCAUCCCCACUGCUCGACGGGUGCUUUACGCCUCAGUGCUUACAGCACAGCCUAGGCUAAUGGAGCCCAUUUACCUUGUAGAAAUUCAGUGUCCUGAACAAGUUGUUGGAGGCAUCUAUGGCGUACUAAACAGAAAACGAGGCCACGUGUUUGAAGAAUCUCAAGUGGCAGGAACGCCCAUGUUCAUCGUCAAGGCUUACCUGCCUGUAAAUGAGUCCUUUGGUUUUACCGCAGAUUUGCGCUCCAACACUGGCGGACAGGCCUUCCCACAGUGUGUCUUCGAUCACUGGCAGAUCCUUCCCGGUGAUCCUUAUGACCCUAAUAGCCGUCCCAGUCAGGUGGUGGCUGAAACCCGCAAACGUAAAGGACUAAAGGAGGGCAUCCCAGCUUUGGACAAUUUCCUUGAUAAGUUGUAAAGCAUCUCAAAAUCCUGUUCACAUUUCUGCACCACUCCAUGUCUUGAGCACUUACAGAUCGCAGGAUUUCUGUGCCGUAAACGAACAAUAACAUCAACAGCAAGAAGAAGAAAUAAGCUCACAUUACACAGAGAGAGAGUACAGUAUUGUGGAAAUAUUCAUGAUUGUUAACUCACGUUAAAAGACAAAACAAUAAAUAUUAAAUGCAGCCUA